UUCUUCUCACCUCUCUCUCUCUCUAGCUGGGUUUUUGUAAAUUGUGUAUAUGUUCAUUUUGUACAUUGUCAAUGAACCAUGGCUGGGUUUUUCAUUGUCAUGAAUGUAAUAAUCUGUUGUUUUCAAUGCCAUAAAUUUCCUAAACCUACCAUUUCUUCUAGCAGUACUACUAGUAUGACACAAUGACUACACUACACUGACGAGUAGUAGUCUCCUGCUCCAAAUAAUGCUACCAUAUAUACUAUCUCCAGUAACUCGUCGCAUAUAUCUUGUCAUCCUUCAAGCAAAAUAAUAAAACCUGAUUCUGGUUUAUUAAUUUCAUAUAUUAAUAAACCAUAUAUUACAUGAUACCACCGAAUUUAUUUCCGGGGGAAAAAAGAGAAAGCAUUUAAGCAUGAGCUAAAAUAAAUGCCAAAAGGGGUCUCCAUCAUCGUAUCUUCAGGAUUAAUAAAACAGCUGCUGCAAUUCUCACUCCCUAGUCCCUACUGAUCUACAGUACGUAGUAUAGUAAUGUGUGUAGACUUUUCAAGAAGUCCGUCCGGUCGUACUAUACAUCCUUCAUUAUUUCUCAGGCAAGCAAAAGUUUGCUGUGUUCUUCUUCUCCAGCUGAUUCUGGUUUAGUAAUUAAGCUCUCCGAUCCCUUUCGCGAACUUGAACCCUGUACGUACUUGCUCGAAUUUAUUGCUCCCACGGAAGUGUACCGAAACUUCCCACAGUCUUACAAGUCGGUACAGAUGCUCCUCGCCGUCUUAAAAAAAAUGAAAAACAAUUGCAGCCCAGUUUGUAUUUCUACUACCUAAGGUAUCAGCUAGUAGCACGUACAAGUGUGUCCUUGAUAUUGCAAAUGUACUGCAGCUCUUGUUGCUUUCCUUACUGAUGAGCUAGAACGAUAUGUGAGUUCAUGGAUUUUGAGAAGAUCGUCGAUAACAUGAUGGAUGGGCACCAUCAGCUCGCUAUGAUGCAGCAGCAGCAUCAGAACCACGGCCAGCAGCAGGCAGCCACGAGCGAGAGCGACGCGCGAGGCCCGCGCCACGACGAGCUGCUGAUGGAGAGCAAGUCCGGCAGCGACAACAUGGAGGGAGGCGCCCGGUCAGGCGGCUCCGGCGGUGAGGAGCUGCAGGAGGAGGAUCUCGGCCUGCGGCAGCCGGCCCGCAAGAAGCGCUACCACCGCCACACCCAGCACCAGAUCCAGGAGCUCGAAGCGUUCUUCAAGGAGUACCCGCACCCUGACGACAAGCAGAGGAAGGAGCUGAGCCGGGAGCUGGGCCUGGAGCCUCUCCAGGUCAAGUUCUGGUUCCAGAACAAGCGUACCCAGAUGAAGACGCAGCAGGAACGGCACGAGAACAUGCAGCUGCGGGCGGAGAACGAGAAGCUGCGCGCCGAGAACGCGCGGUACAAGGACGCGCUCGCCAACGCCUCGUGCCCGAGCUGCGGCGGCCCGGCGGCCACGGCCGUCAUCGGCGAGAUGUCCUUCGACGAGCACCACCUCCGCGUCGAGAACGCGCGCCUCCGCGACGAGGUCGACCGCAUCUCCACCAUCGCCGCCAAGUACGUCGGCAAGCCCGCUGGCAGCCUGCUGCUGCUGCCCCCCAACAACCUGUCAAACAACGUCUCCGGCCCGGCGCUUUCCUCCCACCACCACCUCCUGCCCGGCGGAACAGACGUGUUCGGUGGCCUCCACCGUCAUGCUGGCGGUGGGUUUGACUUUGACAAGGGGUUGGUUGUCGAGCUCGCCGUCGCCGCCAUGGAGGAGCUGGUGCGGAUGGCUCUGCUCGGCGAGCCGCUCUGGAUCCCUGCCCUUGCCGUAGACGGGGCUACCACCGAGACUCUCAACGAGGAAGAGUACGCCCGCGGGUUCUUCCCCAGGGGCGUUGGUCCCAAGCUGCCGGAGCUCCGGUCGGAAGCGUCGCGGGAGGCCGUCGUGGUCAUCAUGAACCACGUCAGCCUCAUCGAGAUGCUCAUGGACGUGACUUCUGCUGUGUGUCCGCCGUUUCCAUCUUAUUGGUGCGUGCAGAACCAGUGGUCGACGCUGUUCUCAAGCAUCGUGUCACGGGCUGCCACCCUCGAGGUGCUCUCCACCGGCGUCGCCGGCAACUACAAUGGCGCGCUGCAGCUGAUGACGGCGGAGUUCCAGAUGCCGUCGCCGCUGGUGCCGACACGUGAGUGCCAGUUCCUGCGCUACUGCAAGCAGCACACGGACGGCAGCUGGGCGGUGGUGGACGUGUCCGUCGAGGGCCAGCUGCUACGUACCGGCAGCAGACAGGGGCGCGGGCGCGGUCGACGCCGGCCCUCAGGCUGCCUGAUCCAGGAGAUGCCGAACGGCUACUCGAGGGUGACGUGGGUGGAGCACGCGGAGGCGGACGACAUGAUGGUGCACGACCUGUACCGCCCCCUAGUCUGCUCCGGCCUGGCGUUCGGCGCGCGGCGGUGGGCAUCGACGCUGGAGCGGCAGUGCGAGCGGCUCGCCAGCGCCAUGGCCAGCGGCGUCGUCGUGCCGGCGGCAGCAGCAGGGCCAGCCGCGGGCGUGGUGACGUCGCCGGAGGGGCGCCGCAGCAUGAUGCGGCUGGCGGAGCGCAUGGUGGCGAGCUUCUGCGGCGGCGUGACGGCGUCGACGACGCACCAGUGGACCACGCUGUCGGGCAGCGGCGCGGAGGACGUGCGCGUGAUGACGCGCAAGAGCGUGGACGACCCGGGCCGGCCGCCGGGCAUCAUCCUCAACGCCGCCACCUCCUUCUGGCUCCCCGUGGCCCCCGCGCGCGUCUUCGGCUUCCUCCGGGACGACGCCACCCGCAGCGAGUGGGACAUGCUCUCCAACGGCGGCGACGUGCAGGAGAUGGCCCACAUUGCCAACGGCCGCGACCACGGCAACGCUGUCUCGCUGCUCCGCGUCGAUAACGCCAACUCGAACCAGGGCAACAUGCUGAUCCUGCAGGAGUGCUGCACGGACGCGACGGGGUCGUACGUGAUCUACGCGCCGGUGGACGUGGUGGCCAUGAACGUGGUGCUCAACGGCGGGGACCCGGACUACGUGGCGCUGCUGCCGUCAGGGUUCGCCAUCCUCCCCGACGGCGGUGGCGGUGGCGGUGGCGGGUCGCUCCUCACCGUGGCGUUCCAGAUCCUGGUCGACUCGGUGCCCACCGCCAAGCUGUCCCUGGGCUCCGUCGCCACCGUCAACAGCCUCAUCGCCUGCACCGUCGAGCGCAUCAAGGCUGCCGUCGCCGCCGACAACGCCGGUGUGGCGGCGGCGGCGGCGGCGACGUCCCACCAUUGACGACCAUCCCCAGCGCGCGGUUAGCGCCGAUUACGUCCUUCUUAUUACUCGCUAAACCAUCUUAUCUAUCUCGCUGUGCGUGCGUGCGUUCAUGCACGCGUGCAGGAGACUGCCGGGAUCUGUGGAGGGACGAAGAGCAGGGUCGCGUCAAACUCAAACCAAAACUGAAACUGGGGAGGAUUUGGCAAACGCAGGGAGUCAAGAACGCACCGCGUGCUCUCCUUGCAAGCUGUUGCACAUGCCCUCGAUCUGAUGAGCAACACAACACCUUGCAAGGGGGUUGGUUCGGGCAUUGACUCUCUUGCUCUGUCCUCCCGUCGUCGACCUGCCACUCUCUCCUCGGUCCAUGGCCGGGCUGUAGUAGAAGCUCGUCCGUCAGACAGCUAGCUAGGAGCUUAGACCAUGCAUGCAUGCAUAUGUAGCUUGUAACUGGGAUUCUUCCAUUGUAACGUGCCUGUACCUCUGCCUCUGUGCAUGCACGGAGCGAGGUUGUACGUCUAUGGAGAUUGCAGAAGUCUAAAACCGGUUAAUUUGAUUUUUUUUUCCACCGUCGGAGAUUCAUUGCUUCUGUGUUUUUUUUACGUUCAGCAUUUUUUUAGUAUCAUUGUUGCAAUAUUGAAAUGCAUGUUUAUACUCGUA